AUACCAGCGAGCGAGCUCUGACACUCAGUUGGGCUCAGUUCUCUUUCGACGAUCGGAGUGCUCGGUUGUGCGGACGGAAGACUGUCGCUCGAAUCAAAUCAAAAUAAGACUCGCGAGCCACAAUUGCAGUGUUGAAACGGCAAUUAAUCAAUGAAGAAAACGUAUUAAUUUGUAUACAAACACCUCUCUUUUGUGCGCAAAUCGAAAGCAGUGACAAUCAAUCGAAGGCAUUCGUGAAUAAAAGAAGUUUCUUCAAACUGCCACCAAGUGGCGUCCUCGAAAAAGCGACAGAAAAUACAGAAAACGAGUUAUGAAAAUACAAAUUGUGGCCGUGCCAUGUGAGAAUGUGUGUUGAAAAUUGUUAUAAAGAAACAAGAUUUGCUGUUCGUUGUUAUUGUUGCCAUUCCGAUCUGUGAUCGCUGAUCGACAAGCGUCAACUGAAAUUGGAUUUUCGGGGCUCACCUUUAAAUAUAUCUGUUGGAAAACACACAUCCCACACCGUAACACCGGAAAGAUAGCGACAACAUUUGGCGCUACAUGAAAUAUUAAUUAAAAAAUCUGUCCGAAAAUAAAGUAGAAAUUACUUGCAGUGGCAAAAAGUUUCUAUGAGAACCGGCGCACGUAUUUUUAUGUACAUCUGUGUAUCCGUCAGAUACUUGCUGUGAUAUCCGUGUGUGCCUGCAUCUCCAGGUGUUCGUGCACCAGUGUGAGUGUUUGAUGUAAGCAGACGUGAAAUUGGAUUAACUUUGACAGACGCACGGCGGUUUUUAAUUACCACCAAAGAGUUUUCGGGAUUAACAGCGGAAAGUUGGACCAGCUCCCCAGCUGGGCGGAAUCGAAUGAACCAGAAAAUCAACCAGAAAGCAGCUAAAGCAACGGAAUGGAAAAAAUGUUAGACCACGCCGUUUGUCGAGCGUUGACGAUUUGACGCUGCGCUGUGUCUGGAAGGAAACGCUAUUCGCUUUUCCGGCUCUCGAGGCGCCUCCACGAGCAGUGAGGUGCAACCGCAGAGAAGGUCAGCAAAGAAAGAGCCCAAGGGGUUCCAAGUCACACAACCGAACUAAGCUAAGACGCACAAAAUGAGACACAACCGACUGAAGGUCCUGAUCCUGGGACUCAGCCUCCUGCUGACAUCCUGUCGAGCGGACGGACCGCAGCACAGUGCGGAUCACGGCAUGGGCGGAAUGGGCAUGGGUGGUCACGGCCUGGACGCGAGUCCUGCCCCCGGAUACGGCGUGCCAGCCAUACCCAAGGAUCCCAAUCUGCGAUGCGAAGAGAUCACUAUACCAAUGUGUCGGGGCAUUGGGUACAACAUGACAUCCUUUCCCAACGAAAUGAACCACGAGACCCAGGACGAAGCGGGCCUGGAGGUGCACCAGUUCUGGCCCCUAGUAGAGAUCAAGUGCUCGCCGGACCUCAAGUUCUUCCUGUGCAGCAUGUACACGCCCAUCUGCCUGGAGGAUUACCACAAGCCGCUGCCCGUUUGCCGGAGUGUCUGCGAGAGAGCCCGCUCGGGAUGCGCACCCAUCAUGCAGCAGUACAGCUUCGAGUGGCCGGAGAGGAUGGCGUGCGAGCACCUGCCCCUUCAUGGUGACCCCGACAAUCUGUGCAUGGAACAGCCCUCGUACACGGAGGCGGGCAGCGGCGGCAGCUCGGGCGGAUCGGGUGGCUCUGGCAGCGGUUCCGGCUCCGGCGGCAAGCGGAAGCAAGGAGGCAGUGGCUCGGGCGGCAGUGGGGCCGGCGGCAGCAGCGGUUCCACCUCAACGAAGCCGUGCCGCGGACGCAAUUCAAAAAACUGCCAAAAUCCCCAAGGAGAAAAGGCAAGCGGAAAAGAGUGCAGCUGCUCGUGCCGCUCCCCACUCAUCUUCCUGGGGAAGGAGCAGCUGCUGCAGCAGCAGUCGCAGAUGCCCAUGAUGCACCAUCCACACCACUGGUACAUGAACCUCACUGUCCAAAGGAUCGCCGGCGUACCAAACUGCGGCAUUCCGUGCAAGGGUCCCUUCUUCAGCAACGACGAAAAGGACUUCGCCGGCCUCUGGAUCGCCCUGUGGUCGGGUCUAUGCUUCUGCAGCACGCUCAUGACCCUAACCACAUUCAUCAUCGACACCGAAAGGUUUAAGUACCCGGAGCGACCCAUUGUCUUCCUCUCCGCCUGCUACUUCAUGGUGGCCGUGGGCUACCUGUCGCGCAACUUCCUUCAGAACGAGGAGAUCGCCUGCGACGGCCUGCUGCUCCGGGAAAGCUCCACGGGUCCGCACUCUUGUACCCUGGUCUUCUUGCUCACCUACUUCUUUGGCAUGGCCUCGUCCAUCUGGUGGGUGAUCCUCAGUUUCACCUGGUUCCUCGCCGCUGGUCUGAAGUGGGGCAACGAGGCCAUCACCAAGCACUCGCAGUACUUCCACCUGGCCGCCUGGCUGAUUCCCACUGUGCAGUCCGUGGCCGUGCUCCUGCUCUCGGCGGUGGAUGGCGAUCCCAUUCUGGGCAUCUGCUAUGUGGGCAACCUCAACCCGGAUCACCUGAAGACCUUCGUGCUGGCCCCGCUCUUCGUUUACCUGGUAAUUGGCACCACCUUCCUGAUGGCCGGAUUUGUGUCCCUCUUCCGCAUCCGGUCGGUCAUCAAGCAACAGGGUGGAGUUGGAGCUGGCGUCAAGGCGGACAAGCUGGAGAAACUGAUGAUCAGGAUUGGCAUCUUCUCGGUGCUCUACACGGUGCCGGCCACCAUUGUUAUUGGAUGCUACCUGUACGAGGCAGCCUACUUCGAGGACUGGAUCAAGGCACUGGCCUGUCCGUGUGCCCAGGUGAAGGGUCCCGGCAAGAAGCCCCUCUACUCGGUCCUGAUGCUCAAGUACUUCAUGGCCCUGGCCGUGGGCAUCACCUCGGGCGUGUGGAUCUGGUCCGGUAAGACGCUGGAGAGCUGGCGACGCUUCUGGCGCAGACUCUUAGGAGCGCCGGACCGCACGGGCGCCAACCAGGCGCUGAUCAAGCAGCGGCCUCCGAUCCCGCAUCCCUAUGCCGGAUCCGGAAUGGGCAUGCCCGUGGGCUCGGCGGCGGGCUCCCUGCUGGCCACGCCCUACACCCAGGCGGGCGGAGCCUCGGUGGCCUCCACCAGCCACCACCACCUGCACCACCACGUUCUCAAGCAGCCGGCGGCCAGCCACGUAUGACAUGGAGAGUCGGGGGGAGCAUCGACCAUGGGCGGCGGCGGGGGCGGCGGUAGCACCAUUGGCGGCGGCACCCUGGGCCACGGCACCGCGAUGAGCAGCAGCACGGUCGGCAUGGGCCCUCUCCCCGGCACCCUGAUGCACGGCGCCUCCGGCGGAGGCGUGGGCGUGGGCGGCGGCAAUCCCGGCAACGUUUACGGCAACGGCAACAACGGAGUGGGCGGCCAGAACACCGCUCCCGGCUCCGUGAUCGACUCGCGGGCCGUGUCCGUAGUGGUCACGCUGCCCGGCGGCCCGGGUGCACAGCAUCCGGGCCAGGCGCUCAGCGACUACGGUCCCAUAUAGUUAAUGGUACGCCCGGACACCGCGCACUGGGUCUCGACCAGCAGUUUUAGCCAGCUGUAGCCGCUCAAGUUGGUCGACUCGCACGCCCGGCCUCUGUCUCACGCGCACUUCUAGGCUCUCACUCGUACACUCCAUCCCCAUCUCGCUCGCUCCCGCUGUCUGGUUAGGGCCCCCUUAGCAAAGGUUUUGAAGAAAUGCCAUAUUAAUUCGAGUAGCCGUAGUUUGAUUGUUGGGUGGAAAGCGCACCAGAGCAGCCCAUGUUUCUGCUUCCAAUUCCCAUCGAUUUGUGCGGAAUCGGAAUUCACACAGCUUUUUCUGGAUUCAGCAUUUGUUUGUUAUGUAGAGAUUAUGCAGAAUCUUCGAAAUUCUUUGCACCAAAACUUUUACAAGGAAAUUAAUUCCAAUCCAACUAUUUUGUAACUCUAAACGAAGUGAUCUUCUGUAUUAUAAUUAUAAUUUAUAGCGUUAAUAGGUCUAAAUUUAUUCCAAUUCCGCCAAAUUGUUUAUGAGUUGAAAAUGGACAUAAGACCAGCAACAAUAACCUUUGAGAUGUGUUAAGCAACCAAUCUGCAUACAAGAUUCUAGUCCAAAAAAACCUUUGUCUUCAAAAGCAGAUGAGCACAGAGCUUGGGCGUAGCGAAAGGAUACUACCCGCAGUAAAAAGUGAAGAUCGAAUCCAGCUGAAGCGCGUUUGUUCUACCUGCCAUUAACUGAUUUCCUAUCUGAAUAUUCGUAUUGCCACCUUUUCUGUUGUUAUACCCUUCCACAAACACUUUCCUCAACGAAAUAGACUGAGAAACGCGAAACCAAUUAAAUAACCGCCACGUAGAGCAAUCGGGGUAAAGUAGAGAGCGGAAUCUGCCCACACUGCCAAGUCAGAGCCACGAGCCAUAUUUCGAAAUUACAACUAACUUUUAAUCAAACUAACUACACUAUUAACCUUAACCUAACGUAAACAUUUAACAUAACGAACGCAUACAAAAAUUAAAUAAAAAAAAGAAAAAGAAACACUUCGAAUGCCCAUAGAAAGUUAGUUGCGAUUUUAGGGUUGUCGCAUUAUCAAAGAACAGGCACUCCGUGUUGCCAGAUACCAUUUGUAAAUUAUUUAACGUAAUCUAAGGCAUUAUCCAACACUAAGUUUUGUACAUAUUUUCAAACCGCGCAUAGUUUAUAAACAUCUUUUUUUGUUCGGAGAUGUGAAAUUCCCGGAAACUAAAAUAUAAUAUAGUAACAUGCAUUUCAGCAUCAAAAGCAACUCUGCAUUUAAGCUCAAAAAUUGAAUUUAGUUUUUACAAAAACCCAAAAAGAGAAAUGCUACCAUUCAAGUAAAUGAUUAAAUGAAAAUUGCCAACUUUUGCAGCCGAAGCAAGGCAUUUCUUUGCAUUUAUAAAAGAAGCAAAAAGAAAAAUUUGUAUAAAGCUAAAACUUUUAUAUAAGAGUAUUAAAUUAAAUGUAACCUUAGUGGUAGACGAAAUCGUGGAGAACGGCAAGCUAAAGCAAAACGAAAUAUCUAUCAAGAAUUAAAAACUAUUGUAUUUAAAUUUAAUAUUUAUAUUACAUGGUAAAAGCAACAAUUUAACUGUUAGCCAUUCAAACCAUUUCACAUACGAAACAAAAGAAGAAGGGAUGAAAUGAAUAUUAUAAAUUAUAUAAUAUAGCAACUAUGUGUGUAAUGUUUUUUAGCAACUAUAACUACUUCUAUUUACAAAACAAAAACAUGCUAAAGCUGUAAUAAAACAAUAUACAAAAUA